AUGGCGAUGACCAUUGAAGUGCUUGCAGGACUUGCUUUUAUGUUUUCAGCAAGCAUCUUGCUACAGAUCCUGGCUUGUGCAUUAUACAACAAUUGGUGGCCGAUGUUAUCUGCUCUCAUGUACGUGCUCGUACCCAUGCCUUGCUUAUUCUUUGGUGGUGGUUCUACUCAGUUUUUGCUUAGCAGGGAAAAUGAUGGGUGGGUAAAUGCUGCUAAAUUCUUGACUGGAGCAUCAACUGUGGGGAGCAUAGCCAUUCCUAUUAUCCUUAGGCAUGCUCAUAUGAUUGAGACAUCUGCUAUGUGGAUCGAAUUCUUUUCAUUCCUCAUAUUUGUCUGCACUGUCUUGUGCUUCCACCGUGCCAGCCUCGAAGAUGAGUGGUGA